AUGAAUUCUUUCUUGUGAGUUUUCCUUCGCGUCAUCUUCUCGCCCAGACGCUUUCAGUUUUUGCAGAAUUCGAAGCAAAAUGAGGACAGUUUUUCUGGUUGUACUCGUCGUUUUUGGCGCUCAAAUUGACGGCCAGCAUUCGACGGCCAAAGGUUGGCGUUUUUUUGGGCAUUUGGACGUUUUGCAACGUUUUGCAACCGAGCCGAUGUUCGUCUUUUCCAGCCAAAUCGCCACUGGCCCUCAUAAUCGACGAUCUUUCGAUUCUGGCGCGAGUGACGAACGCGAUCGCCCUGCAAGCAGCCGUUCAUCGCGGAAACUUGCGGCUCCAUGACGUGGCGGCCGAUCUUUUGCACAUCCGCACCGACCAUUUCGCAACCAUUCUCGCAACCAACACCUCCUUCUGCAUCUCCACAAUUGAUGAGGUGUUCGAGAAGAGCCGCGAUUUUGUGCGCAACGAUCCGGGAGCCAGGCGACGGCUCAAAUUGACACGAGAAGUGGUGGGCGUGUUGGCGCGAGCAGAGAGUCGAUUCGAAGUGCUCAAAGCGGCCGAAAACGUUGACACUAAGCAAUUCAUAAACGCCAUCAAAAACUCGUCGGAAACGUCGAAAGGCCUGUUUUGUAGGCAGCAAGUACUCGAGAGCUUUGUCGACUUUUAUAAGAUGGAAAAGGAGGAGAUGUUGGCGAGACCGUUCACAACUCGAAAGGCUCUCAACGGAAUGAAGACGAAUUUCGGCGAGUUGAUGAAGUGCAUUCGAAGGUUCCGCACGUUCUCGAGCAACCUGAGCAACUCGACACUUGUGCACAGCAUGGAAGACCUGAAAAAGCUGAACGAGCUUCACGCAGUCGUCAAAUGGUUCCACGGACGUCGCCGCGCUCGACUCGUCGAUUUGCCGACGCGAAUUCGAGAGUUGAAGACGGACUGGCACAAAACCACGACGAUUUGGCACAUUUCGAACGCGUCGAGCGCCCAACUCGCUCUUCGUCGUCUCUAUGAGGCCUUCUAUCUGACGUCCGAGUUUCAAGUGCAGAAGGAUCCGCGAAAGUUCACGGCGGCAUUUCGAAGAGUGGCGGACCUUUUGAAAGUGUCGCAAGAUGUCAAUAGUUUGUGGUUCAAGACGAACGUGGCGAUGGGAAAGAGCACAAAACGACUCGAAGACGCGCUGACGACGUUCUUUGAGGUUUCGGAAACGUCGCAGAACCUCGGCACCGCCUGGGGCCGCUCCUAUUCCCAUAUGCUAACUUCAAACCAAAUCCUCGGCAACAGUGGCUUAAAUUUUAAAGCGAUUGCGCGUUUUCAAAACGCGAAAAUCGCCGGCAACGGGUUUGACGAGCUCGAGCGCAAGUUCUCCACGUGCUUUGCCCUCAGCGAGAUCGCUUCGGACUCUGACAUUCGGGCACUUGAAGACUUCCCCGACAACUUUAUGAUAUCCGCUCAACUGAUGGGAUACGUGAGGCGAAUGCGUGAAGAGCCACUUUGGUUGGUGCAGAACAAGAAUUUGAGGAAUUUCGAAGACCUCAUGCACUUUUUGAGCUCACAAAACAUUUCGGCAAAGCGCUGGCCGGAAACGCUCUAUUCGGUGCGAACCUCUUCGGAUUAUCAACUCAUUUUGCCGAUUCUCAAACGGAUUGUGUACAUUCACCGAUUGCAGAGCGGCUACGAGGAGAGCGUUGCGAAAGUGAACGAGUCGAUGGUCAACUUUUCCGAUUUUCUGCAACAUUCGAACGCUUGGCAUGUGAUGGAGUGCAUUCAGAACUCGAGUAUUGGAACGGCGCGAGCGGAGACGCAACACAUUCUCGAUUUUUUGCUAAACGUCACUCAAUUCGCCGACGAGAAGAGCUAUUCGGCGACGAAAACGUUUUUGGAGAAUACGGCGCGUGUUCAAAACGAAAUGACGCGAGUUGAGAUGGUGGUGAGAGCAAAGCGGAACGAAUCGAACGAGGCCAGACACCUGGUCCUCUCGUUCAGGGACUCGGCGAGCUUGGCGCAGAGCCUCGGCCGCGGCGUCUCGGCUCUCGACGAAGUGAAGCACGUCGAUGAGUCGCGCAAGCUCAUCUGGUCGUCGGCGAACCUCACCGACGGACCGCAGACGAUCAUACGCGACUUUGAGAAUCCGUGGAUCAUUGAUUUGUGGAUCGACUCGAAUCGAACGCUCAAAACGUUUCUCGACGACGUGCACUCGUUCGUGUCGCGCCUAGACGCGUACCGCGCCGCAAACUUCACCGAAUUGAGCCGAGUGUUUGAGGAGGUGAAAAAAGUGCACGGACUGUUGCCGUUGCCCGGCGAUUUCGGCGAUCUUUACGAGCAUCUCAAGUACGCCGGACACCAGGAGACCGCCUUGAAAUUCCUGAACAUCUCGCACCUCUAUCUCGACUUUUCCGGGUUUGAGAGCGAUUUUACGGGCGGCGCCGCCUGUCUCAGCCUUCUUCGCGCCAAUUUCGACGAGCUCUUCGGGUUGAAUCCGAAAAAAGUUGUUGGAGAGGUGAAGAGCAAAACGGUUUUGUGAGUUUGUGGAUCCUGGUCUCUCGAAUUGGAAUUUUCAGCAAACAAGAAGAGGCGCCGAUUGUGACGGUCAUUGCAAUUUGUGUGGGCGCCCUCGUACUCAUCCUUCUCGCCGCCGCUUUUGGGUACGCAUUCACGAAAGGCGGACGCAAGAGGUACCGCACGUGGUACUUGUACUAUUUUCCCGAUAUGGACGAGUUUGAGCGACGGUGGAGGUACUCGGUCAGUUGGAAUCUGACAAUAUCGCAACGAGUCUGAGCGGUUGCGCGUUUCAGCUGUUUUUGGAUCGGAUGAACGGCAAGAACGUGUUGCUCGAAGCGGUGACCGUCGCGAAUCCUGUGAACACACUGAAAGCACUGAAGAGGGGCGCGUUUGUGGAUGUGUUUGACAGUCGGUCACUUUUUGGAGCGUUCUCUGCGAAAUGCGCCAAUGUUUUUAGAGUUUGGAAACACGCCGCUACACGUGGCCGCCAAUCUCGGAUACGAUACGAUUGUCGAGAUGCUCAUCAAGCACGGCGCCGAUCGGACGAUCCACAACGCGAGAAAUCGGACUGCGGAGCAAGUGAUUCCGGCGAAUUAUCGAUCGACUUGCAAGGAAAAGGCGGACAAUUACGAGCGCAUCGACAGAAUGUUCGAGAAGUAUCGAAAGAAGACGUUUCGGAUUGGUGAGUCUAUUGUAUUGGGAGAGUAUUGUAGACGUGUUGUUUCAGUGGUGCCUGAACAGUUCCCGACCAGUUCAUUCCAAAUUUAUCUGGAGCCAAAGACGGACGGAAAACUAGUAGAAAUGUUUAUGAGCAAGUUUGAAGCUAUUGUAAGUCUACACUAUUUUAAAUUCCUUUAUUAUCCAGUACUUUAGACCACACUGGAACCGUCUCCGAAGAUCACUCAUGUCGUCGUGAAUACGAAUGCGGACGGGAUUCUGGAGACUGACGACGUCUCGCUGCUCGCCUGGAUCUUCAACGGAGCGAUAAUAGUGAACGAGAAGUGGAUGUCGGACUGUUUGACGGACGCGAAAAUGCUGGCGUCGGACGAGAAGUACCUCGUGGAUCGGGUCAGGUACAAGGGACAAGUGUACGAGAAUGCGGUGCUGCCGUGGAGCCGAGCCCUAGCCAAAGGCGCCAUGCCGUUCCUCUACGGCGUGCAUCUGGUCGUCGUCAUGAAAGAGUGCGCCAAUCUGUCGGUCCUCUACGAGCUGGCCACUACGCACGGAGCUCUCGUGCUCGACGAGUUCCCCGUGCGCGAGAAGUACAAUGCGGGCGCCCAUCCGUAUCUGCACACAAAUCUCGGACCCAUCUUCAUUCUCCACGACGCGAAGAGCGAUCUGAGUGCGUACCGGACCGAUCCGUUGUUCACGGUGCUCACGGAGCCCGAAUUCAUCGCUUUCAUGCUCAGGAGGGACGUUCACGUCGAGACGACGACGCUUCCAAUUCCUGUUCUUGUCCAAGAUAGUGUUUAG